AUGGCGAACACGCUUGCCAACGCUCUUAACACGCUUGCUUCGGCAACUCACAAUGACGCACUGCCAGGCUCUGCGGACUUCUGGAGCGAGCAUAUUCACAAGAGCCUGAACAACGGCCUCGUCGUCAGCGACAUGCGCAGCUCUCUCCUUGAAGACUACGCCGAACUGACCGACGAGCUCUCCAUCGACUUCGCCAUCUGGUACAACGCUCGCUUCAACGACCAGACAGACCCCACCAAUAUCACCAUCGAACUGCUUUGCGACUACGUCGUCCCCCGUAACUGCAAGAAAUACCGCAUUACAGGCGACGAUUGGAUUUGCGAGAUCGCACGCUUCAAAGUCCUUGCCGACAGCAUCUACGGUGCACUUUUGCUACCCUACGACAUCCCCGACGACUUCAAUGAAGCACAACUCAACAAGUUCACGAAGGGCCAGGAGAUUGCUCUAGGCUUGCUUAACCAGCAGCUUGGUACUUCAGGCGGGAGAUAUUCCGCUCAAAUCUUCAGUAUGAAGAUGGCUCGUACCAUCAUCUGUGUCAACAAGAAUGGGCUCUCGAACGAGUUCACCGCUGACUUCGACGCCAAGGACAAUAAGGCCAGCAACCGCGACGCUCGCUACCAGCAGAUCAAGUGCUCGGUCCGUGGUCAAAAGGUGUGCAACGUCGUCCGUGCCAAUAAGUUGCUCGCGUUGGACAUUGCUACCGGCAAGAUCCUGCACAAAAUCGCUCGCGAUCUCGACUACGAGCUUCACAACAAGAUCUGUCACGUCAAGUCCAAUUGCCAGCGCGACGAGCAGCUUAAGAAAGCAGCUGCCGCUCGGGCUGCCGCUCGGGCUGCAGCCACCGACAGCACCGAGGGUGGCAAGGGCAACAAAAAGCGUCGUCGCGGUGACAAGAGUGAGCAAGCCCAGCUCUUUCUACCGGAUGACGCUAUCGACCACGUCUCCAACCCCAGCGUGGAACAAGAAGGCCGCACCUUUUUGAAUAAUCACUAUGAGGGCAAGGCCGACAACAAUGAGGAGUCCAAGAACCUGUUCACCAAACCUAUGCCUGUGCGCAACAAAGGUGCUCCUCGUUGCAAGCUUCCCACUCCUACUGUUCCAGCUGGCACGAUGUCUCUUUCCAUGGGCGCAGAUGCCACUACUAAUAACAACCCGUAUCACAUCCAAUCCCGCACUUCCUAUGCCCAGCACCCGGUCAAUGCUGGUCAGCAGGCCUACGACACACCCUAUCCCUUCGUCAACGGCCAGGGCAUCAACAACCUCACCGCUCCUGGCUACCCCACGGCGGGUCAGGUUGCCGGUAUGAGCCAAAUGCCGAUGACACAGCCACAGUACCCUCAGUACCCGACCUAUGGCAAUCAUGCUCGGUCCGCUACCUCCUUCGGCAACCCGCAGAUGAAGAUGGGUGCGACUCAGCCCAGCAUGAGUGUCUACCACUUCGGCUUCACUACGCCUUCUACUCCGAUGUUCCGCGCUUCUCCCAAUCUCGACUUCGAUGCUGCUGCGCCUAGCUUCAACUUCAAGUAUGGCAACAAGGGUGGCAUCGACGACGACGACGCUUGA